AUGACGCGUCAGCAACAGGCCACUGAUAGCAGGGCGUUAGCAGUCCCCGCAGAGCAACAGCAGCAGCAAUGGCAUCGGACGCCACAGCACAGCCAGCAGCAGCAGCAGCAGCAGCAACAGCAGCAAGAAGCAGAGCAGCAGCAGCAAAUUCUUCCCUUACAGGCCCUUCUGUCCGAAUUCAUUUCCAGCACGUCGUCGACUAUGGCGCACCAGCCGGCGCCACUCGCGCAGCUGUUCGGGUCAUUCUGUAGCAGCAGAAGCAGCAGCAGCAGCAGCAGCAGCAGAGGGUGCAGCAUGCAAACACUGCAUGCACUGCAGGAUCACGGAGCUUCCCUGCGAAGCCCCGUUGCUACUGCAGCAGCAGCAGCAGCACGACGAAAACAGCAGCAGCAGCAGCAGCACGACGAAAACAGCAGCAGCAGCAGCAGCAGCACGACGAAAGCAGCAGCAGCAGCAGCAGCAGGAGCCCGCACGGAAGGGUU